AUGGAGAGCUGUCAAACGCAUGUGGGCGUAACGGAAGCUCUUUUUUUAUAAAUAAAAGAAAUAUAAUUUAUAAAUGUGAACCAUGCAUUUUUCAAAGUGCUUUUUGUUGACCUUAUGUUUUGUGAUAAUUGGUUUGCUCAAUUUUUCUACUGCGGAUGUAAAAACCAUAGAAGCCAACCCUGACGCAAAAAGGCUCUACGAUGACCUCCUUAGCAACUACAAUCGUCUCAUUCGACCAGUAAUUAAUCAUACAGAAACCCUUACGGUAUGGCUUGGCCUCAAACUAUCCCAACUUAUAGAAAUGAAUUUGAAAAAUCAAGUUAUGACGACAAAUCUUUGGGUGGUGCAGAAAUGGUAUGAUUACAAGCUACGAUGGAAUCCUGAAGAGUAUGGUGGCGUCGAAAUGUUGUAUGUACCAUCUGAACACAUUUGGCUUCCAGAUAUCGUCCUAUUUAAUAAUGCUGAUGGUAAUUAUGAAGUUACGUUAAUGACAAAAGCGACUCUAAAGUAUACUGGCGAAGUCGUCUGGAAACCACCAUCAAUUUAUAAAUCUUCCUGUGAAAUAAAUGUUCAAUAUUUUCCAUUUGACGAGCAAAGUUGUUUGAUGAAAUUUGCUUCUUGGACUUAUAAUGGGUUGCAGGUGGAUCUUAAACAUAUGGAUCAACAACCUGGCAGCAAUAUAAUAAAAGUUGGGAUUGACCUAUCGGAAUUCUAUUUAUCAGUUGAGUGGGAUAUUUUGGCAGUGCCAGCAACUAGAAACGAGGAAUAUUAUCCAGAUAAAGACGAACCAUAUUCAGAUAUCACAUUCAAAAUAACAAUGAGAAGGAAGACACUGUUUUACACGGUUAAUCUUAUAAUACCCUGUGUUGGUAUUACAUUCCUUACAGUUUUGGUAUUUUAUUUACCUUCCGAUUCUGGAGAAAAAGUAACACUUUGUGUAUCAAUUUUGCUAUCAUUGACUGUAUUUUUCCUGUUAUUGGCUGAAAUUAUUCCGCCUACUUCACUUGCGGUGCCAUUACUGGGCAAAUAUCUCCUAUUCACGAUGAUAUUAGUUACAUCUUCAAUUUGGGUAACCGUUUGCGUACUGAAUGUCCAUUUUAGAUCUCCCUCGACUCAUAAAAUGUCUCCUACUUUCCGCAAAAUUUUCCUCCAGUUUAUGCCAAAAAUUUUAAUAAUGAGGAGGACCACGUAUACUGUUCCAGAAUAUGAUGAUGAUCAGCCUCCUAGAGGAUACACAACUGCAGAUUUGGAUUUGCAGCUCAACAUGGGAGAACCGUUUACAACAGAUUUUAAAAUUACCACGAGAGAACCCAGCUUUGUGCUACAAAAUUCUGACCCAGAAGAUGUGAAUAAAAUGAAAGCCCAUUCAUCAAUGGGCGACUCAUCAACGAAUGUAACCCAAAAGAGUUUAUCCCCGAAUGUACUAGCUGCUUUGGAAGGAGUACGAUUCAUUGCUCAACAUAUUCGUGAUGCUGAUAAAGAUAACGAAAUUAUCGAAGAUUGGAAAUUCGUAUCCAUGGUACUUGAUCGAUUCUUCCUCUGGGUAUUCACCAUUGCUUGCAUCGGUGGUACGGCCGGCAUAAUUUGUCAGGCUCCCUCGCUAUACGAUACCAGGAUUCCUGUAGAUCAAAAGCUAAGUGAAAUUCCUUUAAGCAAGAUUUUCCAAGAUCAACUACCUUUACCUCCAGGAGUACAGCCUCUUUAAGUUAAAUGGCCCCCUAAUGCGGAGACCAAUGAUGGUUAUUUUAUUUUAUUUUAUUUAUUUUUUUUACUUAAAAGUUGGGUUAGAUAAGAUAAUAGCCUUUAACAUACCAAAGGGUUAGUUUAAUUUGGUAACUGCGUCUAGUUAUUGUAAAUUUUAAGGUGACAACGUUUAUAAAGAAAGUAUAGAAAAGUGAAAAAUAUUAGAAUUAAGGUAAUUUCCUAGUCAAUAAAACGUAAUUUCAUAUUCUUAUGUAUGUUUUUCAAUUCUUUCUGUCGUCACAUUAAUCAUCUUGCUUAAAAAAAUGUACAGGGUGCUAUAGACUAAUUAUUAUUACAAAAAUAUUUAGGUUAUGUGGAUCUAAGUAUAUAGUACCUAAUUAUAAUAAAAUGUGCUAUGUAGUCACAUUCAACGUGUACCCAACUUUUAGGUUUAAAAUUUAGAGGCUCCUAAACUUUUUAUAGUUCGAAAUCACACUGCGUUAGAAGAUAUUUACGCAAAAAUGUUUAUUUUUUAGAUAGUGAAGGUUUUUACUGGGAUUUAUUUUUUAGAAUAUUUGCAUCACAUAAUGCCAAUUUUGCCAAUUCUGUAGCAGAAAAAUCAAGCAAUGCAAACAUCACCUUGUUGAACAAAAAUCAACUAAUUCACAAUAAACAAUUAAAUAAUACUUAAAAACAAAGUUUCUUUAAGCAAAUAAAUAGUAAUUUAGUAAAAUAUAUUUCCAUAGCCAAUUAAAGAUUUACGUAAAUGUUUUACAAAAUAUUGUUACUUAACAAAUUUUAGGUUAAAUUUUAUUAAAAAUAUUAUUGUUAAAUAUGCUGCAUCAAUAUUUAUUUUUAAUAUUAAGUAAAUUAUAAGAAAAUAAACACAAUCUUUAUUUACAAAUAGUUACUUACCUACUUAAAAAAUUGAACUAUAAUAAUUUUAAUAUGGGUUUUGUAAUUCAUAAUUUAUGUGUGCAAAAAAGCAAGCCCACCCAUAAAACUCCCAAAUUUCGUAGAAUCCAAACACUCUGUGUGAUUUGGAUGAUACUUCUGAUGUUUAGUAAACUGUGAACUACCUGAAAAACGAAUCGAGUACCUUUUAAAUAAUAAUGUCAAAUAAAACUAAAAUACAAACAUGAUUAAAAAAAAAAUUAACACAACUCACGAAUUUUAUAGUUAAAUUUAUCUUCUAUCCAAUAUACGUUAACUUCCAAUAAUAAAGGUAAACAAUUGCGAUUAGGUCAUAAGUUUUUGUAUGGAUUAAUAUUAGGUUAAUUCUUCACACUGGGAGAGGUCUGAUUUAUAAGUUCCCCAUAGAAAUUAAGGUAAAAAAAAAACAGUAUAAUAGCUCUAAUGAUUAUUACUUUUCAGACUGAAAUAUAAUUGUCUUUCGUUUCGUUUUUGCGUAAUGCCCCCUCCCCCACAAAAUCAAGCAAACGUCAAUAUCUCGCAAACGCAACAUACGAAAUGAAAGGGACUUAUAUAAAGUAUAAAAAAAAUACAAAAUAUGCAUCUUUAAUGAUGCCUAUUUAUAUUUUAAAAACUCCUAAGAAAGCAACAGAAGGCUCAAUAACAUAAUAUGUAUAAUUAUACCUUAUAACUUCCUGUUAGAUAUGAAAAAAAUAGUUGCAAACUAGAUUGAAUAACAUAAAAUCGGCUCUCUUCAUCUAAAAUGCUAACUAUUUUUUUACAUUAUUUAAAAACUAAUCUUUAAAUUUUUGAUUUUCAUUUGUAUAUAAAUGAUAUUCAAAAUAAUUUAAACAUCAAUGGCUCUCUAAAAUUGAAUAUGGUUUGCAUACAAACGUAUUUUACACAUCAUAAUAUUCGCUGCAAAAAAUUAUAUCUUAAAAGUUAUUGAUUAAGAAAAUAAAAUUCAAAUUAAUUUUUUCAAAAAUUACUUCAAAUUUUUAUUAAGUUUCAGAUAAAUUGUUGGUGCUCUUUUUUCCAAAAAAUAAUUUUAAUUUCUAAACUUUCUCAGCAUAUCCUAAUCUCAAAAAUUUUCUGUGGCUAAUAUAGCUAUAGGGAUAGAUCGUGGAUGGUGAACCACGUUAAAAAAACCUAGGCUUACAUCCUUAAUAAUGUAUUAAUCGUGUAACUGUUCCACGUUAAACUCACAUAAUUAUUUAGACUUUUUGAAUAGGUAAUCACAACUUAUUCAAUUUGGUUUCAUUUGAUUUAUUCGAGGAAGUUCCUCGUAAAAAACAAUCGUGGUUACUAGCCCUCGUAUGAAUGCUUAGCUCAAUCAGUGUAUAUUUUUAAUAUUGUUAAAAUUGAAAUUGUUUGUUGAAAAAAAAAAAAUAGGGCACUGCAAUUAAUUUAUAAAUAAACAAAUACUAAAUUGAAAUAUUAAUUUCAUCUAUUCGAUAAUUUAUAAUAUAUAAAUCUGACAUUUUUUCUAAAAAAUUAAAUAUUCCCUGAGCGAAUCAAUGUCGGAAAGCUGUAGAAAACAAUGUUUUGCUUAGUUAAUAGAUAGAACAAACAAAUUAAAGGGUAUUUGUAAUACAUAUAAUAUUUGUCUCCACCCAAAUAUUUUUUAUAAAUAUUCUUUAUUUUGCAUGUUGUAGAAAAUUGUUAGAUUUUUUAUUGAUUUUAGACCAAUCAGCUGAAGUUUAUUAUAAUAUUAUGUUGAUUUCACUUUUGAUAUUUACUAUAAGCAGUUUUGUAAUCCCCUUUACGAAAAUCACUAACUACUAAAUGUAUUGAUGUAGUUCUUCUCUAGCAAAAUUGAUGUACUUAGACAUGGUAAACUCUUAAAAUUUUAAUUUAGAUGUUAUUUUUUUUGUAUAUUUUAUUGCAUUUACUAUU